CAAAAAAAUAAAAAACAAAAAAGAUCAGAGAAAAUGGGAAGCGGGUGCCGAGGGGCGUUGCUAUGCAAAUCCUCGCUUGCCUUUCUAAUACCUUCUUCUUUCACUUCGUCUCAUCUCAGAUUCAACAAAUCAAUCACCAACUCCAACUCUUAUCGGAUGGCUACGGGGGCUUCGUCGUCGUCCGCUUCUGUCACUGGCGGUGACACAGUCAACUCCUCGGUCAAUAAAGGCGCGGCUCCCUCUGCUUCCUCCGCUAUCGACUUUCUUUCCCUAUGUCACAGCCUCAAGACAACAAAAAGAGCUGGAUGGAUCCGGAGAGAUGUUAAGGAUCCGGAAUCUAUUGCUGAUCAUAUGUACAGAAUGGGAUUGAUGGGUCUGAUAAUGGCUGAAAUUCCUGGUGUUGACCGAGACAAGUGCAUUAAGAUGGCAAUAGUUCAUGACAUUGCAGAAGCAAUUGUUGGUGACAUUACUCCUUCAGAUGGGAUUUCAAAGGCAGAGAAGAGUCAGCGAGAGCGAGAAGCAUUAGACCACAUGUGCAAACUACUUGGUGGAGAGGCAAGAGCUCAGGAAAUACGUGAAUUAUGGAUGGAGUAUGAGGAAAAUUCUUCAGCAGAAGCCAAAAUUGUCAAGGACUUUGACAAGGCGGAGAUGAUACUUCAAGCUUUAGAAUAUGAAAAUGAGCAAGGGAAGGAUUUGGAUGAAUUUUUCCAGUCAACUGCUGGAAAGUUUCAGACCAAGCUUAGGAAAACUUGGGCCAAAGAAAUUGCAUCAAGGAGGAAAAAAGCUAACUAACUGACACUUUAACUGAGAAUGUUGCAGCAGUUAGCUUCUUGGAAUCUCUCUGUGUUUCUUUUUCACUUCGGAUGGUUGUUGUCUCAUGCUUGUAUUUUUGUUGUCAAUAAUACUUCAUUCACUAAUAAUAGAUAAUGAAUAUAAAUAUUAAUAUGUCA